GACAAGUGAAACCGCGUGUGGAGUUUGUUUUGUGCUGUUGUCAGUAAAGGACUUUUUUUAAGUGCUCUGUGUUUCGUGUAGCUGUAAUCCAGAAGGUAUGUAAUAUGCUUUAUGAAGAAGUGGUUCUACUUGUUUCACAUAUUAAUUUUUUGACUCAUGGACUAAGAAAGGUUUUCACUGAAAGAGAAGUAAAAAAGAGAUCAAGAAUGCUGGAACGCUGCGCUGAGUACCAUUCUCAUAUUAUUCGUAUAGCUUUGGAAGUGAAUGAAUUGCACAAAAGCAUCACAGGUCACAUGGUGCUUGCUUGGGCAGUCUCAAUAGGUUGCAUUAUCAACCAGUUCAUGAGCAUGUACAAGCCUGCAGGAGCAAUUCUAUACCUAUCAGGAUACAUGAUGAGCUUAUCCUGUUUUGUUGUUUCUGGUCAACUACUACAAUCGCAGAGUGAGUCCAUUGCUGACGAGCUGUAUUGUAUACCUUGGUAUCUCGGGACAAUUGAAGAGCAGAAAACUGUGAUGUUCAUGAUUAUGAGGGCACAAAUACCACUAACGUUAUCUGCAAAGCCAUUCGGAAAUUACGAAUACACUUUAUAUGUAACAGUUGUGAAGACCGCUUACUCUUACGCAACGUUACUGCAAAACACAAUAUGAGCAUUUAUUUUUUCAUACAAGCAUUGCACCUGUUACUGAAGAUUUAGGAAUAAAAUUUCAGUCGCGCAGUGUGGUCCUUGUAAUAAUUACUGCAAAAAAAUCAUGUUCCUUGGGUAUCUUAUGAAGUCUGCAAUACGAAAAUUAAUGCCCAUUCCAGGCGGCCUGUUGAUCUGUAUGUCAAUUGUUCUGUGGGUCUGUGAUUGUAGGAUCAUCUUUAGUGUUUCACGCCGAUCGCUCCUGGUAUAUACGUUCAGCAUGCUUGCAACUACUUUCCACAAACUCACUUAUCAAAUUAGUAUAACUUGGUUGAGCAAAUUAUCGUAAUAAGGGCCGCCCAGUCAUGUAGCAUGUAUGUAGCUUUCAAAAAAUAUACUGUUGUGAAGAAGC